ACAUUUUACUUGAUCUCUAACCUAACUUUUAUACUGAAUUUUCCAGCCUAUAAAAGUGUUUUUUUUUCUAUUUUUAACUUAGGAAUUGCACAGAAUUUGUAUAUUUCAUUUGAAAUUAUCACGCUCGUACCUUGUGGUAGUUUUAUCAGAAAUUGAGAUGAAAUGAUCGCUUCCUGAAUAUGAAAAUCAGUUUAAAUAGCAAGUACUCGGUCUGGUCAUAAUUAGUUUGUGUAUUACUGCCGUUCUAGUAAUACCUACUCUUCAAAAUGGACUCGACUAAAAAAUUUAAUAAUCCGAGCCCUGAAGAGAAAGCUAACUUUUUUAGCAGAUUAUUUUUCUGUUGGGUUCUUCCUUUCUUUAAAACUGGUUACAAGAAAGACUUGGAAGUUAAAGAUAUUUAUAACAGCACCCAAGAAGAUCUGUCAGGUCCUUUAGGAGAUGAAUUGGAAAGAAAUUGGAUUGCGGAACUAGAAAGAGCAAAGAAUGGACCCCGAAAAAGACCUAUAGAACCAAGUUUAAAACGAGCUAUAUUUAAGACCUUCGCCAAGUCAUACUUCUUUUAUGGAGCUUUUAUAUUUAUUCAGAGUGUUAUCAUAAGAAUGGUAAUCCCCAUCGUCCUAGGCGAAUAUAUCAAAUUUUACAAUAAUCCAAAGGAGAGCUUUUUGCAUAUCGAACAAGGAUGGCUGUUAGGUAGCGCAGUAGUGGGUCUCUCUUUUAUUAGAAUUGUUUUAGAACAUUAUUGUAAUAUGGGUGUCCAAAGGAUAGGAAUGAGAGUCCGAGUAGCAGCCUGUUCACUGAUAUACAGAAAACUUUUAAAAUUGAACCAAGCUUCGCUGGGUAAAACAGCGGCAGGUCAAUUAGUCAACUUGCUGUCAAACGAUGUUAUAAGAUUUGAUAUGGUCUCAUGGUUUUACCACUAUUUUUGGAUUAUGCCUAUACAAAGUGCUAUUGCAUUAUAUAUUAUGUACAGUUAUAUAGGAAUGGCAGCUUUGCCGGCCAUGGCAGCCAUUACAGUCCAAGCUGUAAUAAUUCAAGGUUGUUUGUCCAAAAGACAAGGCAUUUUAAGGGCUAAAAUAGCCCAUCUGACUGAUAACAGGGUAAAAUUGAUGAGUGAAAUUUGUUCCGGUAUACAGGUUAUUAAAAUGUAUGCUUGGGAAAAACCUUUUGAAAAGGUUGUAGAACUAGCGCGAAAAUUAGAAAUAGACGUAGUGAAACAAACAUCGUAUAUUAAAGGUGCCUCUUUAGCUCUCAUGAUUUUUACCGAAAGAGCAACUUUGUAUAUAGCUGUGAUAAAUUAUGUAUUAUUGGGAAAUAAUAUAACAGGUGAUGUUGUAUUUUCUGUUGCUCAGCUUUUAAACACUGUACAAUUGUUUAUGGCGACAUACUUUCCUCUAGCUUUAUCCACUUAUGAAGAAUGCAAAGUGUCAAUUAAAAGAAUAGAAGACUUCCUCUUCCUAGAGGAAAACGUUGAUACCUCAAAUGUUGAAAGUAAACCUGAAAAUGCUGGUUUGGUAAAACUAUCAGAUGCCACUGCAAGCUGGACACCAAAUCCUAUUAUUAAAACUUUAAUAGAAAUUAAUUUGGAACUAAAGCCAGGCACGCUGUGUUGUGUUGUUGGUCCAGUUGGGUCAGGAAAAAGUUCGCUAUUGCAGGUACUGCUUCAAGAAUUACCUAUAUCCAGUGGUAAAUUGCAAGUUGUGGGAGAUAUAUCAUAUGCAUCUCAAGAUCCUUGGUUAUUUGUUUCUAGUAUUAGACAGAAUAUAUUGUUUGGUCAAGCUUAUGAUAAGGAGAGGUAUAAGAGAGCAGUGCAAGCGUGUACUCUUCGGCGCGAUUUUGAUCUGCUGUCGCAUGGUGAUCGUACAUCUGUGGGCGAAAGAGGUUCUGCAUUGAGCGGUGGUCAAAGGGCUAGAGUAGCUCUAGCAAGAGCAGUAUAUAGGGAUGCCGACAUCUAUCUUUUGGACGACCCUCUAAGCGCCGUUGACACCCACGUAGCCAAACAGCUCUUCGAAGGUUGCAUCCAGGGACAUUUGAGAGGAAAAACGAGAGUACUGGUCACGCAUCAAGUGCAAUUCCUUAAAGGAGCUGAUCUCAUUGUGGUUUUGAAUAAUGGUUCUAUAGAAAAAAUGGGUACAUAUGAAGAACUAGAAGAACAAUUGUCGGUUCUUUCAAAAGAAAUUGAACAGCAACAUCAACAGCAAGCUGCUGAACACAAAUUGGAAAGGGAGCAAACUCCGAAGGUUGAAGAUAGAGAUAGAGGGUUACAGUUGGCUCUGCAAUCCAUUGCUUCAUUAGCUAGUUGGGAUGAUCCUGAAGAAACUGAAGAACUGUUAGAAAGAGGUGCCUUAAAAUCAUCGACUUACGUGGAGUAUUUUAAGUCUGGUACUUCUGUAUGCACUUUAGUAGUUCUAAUUAUUCUCUUUGUAAUUGCACAAACUGCGAAUAAUGCAUCAGAUUUGUGGGUAACCAACUGGACAAAUACAGAAGAGGAAAAGCGAGCAGCGAAUUUAACGUUCGAAUCUACAAAUUUUACUGCCUUAGAUAAUGAUACCUCUGUUUUUAAUAAUGUAUUCAAUUCCACUCUACCUUAUGAAGAAGGGUUAGAGACGAAAACUUAUAUUUCUGUCUAUACUGGUUUAAUAAUUGCAUCAAUAAUUCUAACGUUAUCAAGGGGAAUACUUUUUAUGAAGAUAUCAAUGAGUGCCUCAAAACAUUUACAUAAUACGAUGUUCCGAUGCCUAUUAAGAGCCCCAAUGAGCUUCUUUGAUACCAAUCCUUCCGGUCGUAUUCUAAAUCGUUUUUCUAAAGACAUGGGUGCGGUAGACGAACUUUUACCAAAAGUGUUCCUAGAAACGCUACAAAUAUUUUUCAUGAUGUUAGGUAUUUUAGGAAUGGUAUUUAUAGUGAGUCCGUGGAUGAUUGUACCAGCAAUAUUUCUGGGUUUGAUAUUUUGGUACGCUCGAGUGGUUUAUCUAACCUCAGCUCAAGAUAUAAAACGUUUAGAGGGGUCGACGAGAGCUCCAGUAUUCUCACACGUUUCCUCUUCCCUUUAUGGAUUGCCUACAAUUAGAGCUUUUAAAGCUCAAGAAUUGAUAGUACAAGAAUUUGACAGUUUGCAGGAUCAACACACAGGUACCUGGUUUAUAUUUGGAGCUACCAGUGAAUCUCUUGGUUUUUACUUGGAUAUCAUAAGUACAAUCUUCUUAGCGUUUGUUACAUUCCAGUUCCUAGUAUUUGGAGAUGAAGAUAUUAAGGCUGGUGAUGUAGGUUUAGUAAUUUCGCAAACGCUAGUUUUAACAGGCAUGCUUCAAUAUGGAGUGCGUCAAUCGGCUGAAGUUUCUUCAACAAUGACCAGCGUCGAGCGUGUUCUUCAAUAUACGAAAUUAGACGAAGAAGGACCGUGGGAGCCUUUACCCGCCGACAAGCCGCCUCUCGAUUGGCCGCAGAAGGGUCGCGUUACUUUCGAUCACGCUUUUCUUAGAUAUACGCGUAAUUCUCCACCAUCAAUUCGGAACCUAACUGUGGAAUUCAAACCUGGCGAGAAAAUUGGCGUUGUUGGACGAACAGGAGCAGGAAAAUCAUCACUUGUUGCUACACUAUUUAGAUUAGCUACUGUUGAUGGCCUUAUAGCAAUCGAUGCUAUUGAUACUGGUAAAGUAGGUUUACGCAUCCUGAGAACAAAUAUAUCAAUCAUUCCUCAAGUGCCCAUAUUAUUUUCGUCUAGUUUAAGACAUAAUUUGGAUCCUUUUGAGAAAUGUACAGAUGAACAAUUAUGGAAAGCUUUAGAAAGGGUCGAACUAAAACAAAAUGGUGUCGGAUUAGAUACAAUAGUUACUGAGGGAGGAGGAAACUUCAGCGCUGGACAGAGGCAAUUAAUUUGCUUAGCUAGGGCUAUAGUGAGAAAUAAUAAAGUCUUAGUGAUGGAUGAAGCUACUGCCAAUGUAGAUAGGCACACUGAUGCUCUGAUUCAAAGAACCAUUAGAGAAGCUUUUGAAGACUGUACUGUUAUUACAAUUGCUCACAGAUUAAAUACAAUUGCGGAUUAUGACAAAACACUAGUAAUGGAUGCAGGAAAAUUAGUAGAAUUUGCUGCACCACAUGAGUUGCUUCAAGAUCCUAAUGGGUACUUUGCUAAAAUGGUUGCUCAGACUGGUCCAGUCAUGGAAUCUAGACUAAAAGAAAUUGCUAAAGAGGCUUAUGAAAAAAAUAAGGCAAGGAUUACCGUUAAAGAAGAAAACGUAGUUCAAAAUGGAAAAGCUGUGGACAAAAAAGACCAAUAAUUGGCUAAAUGUGUCAAUUUUUUUGUUAUUACUCUUAGGUUGUAAAUAAUUUAUUUCCUACAUAUUAUGAUUUAAAAUUCAGUUGUUAUUUAGUUUUCUGUAGAUUCUUUGAAAAAAAUUUAUAAAAAUCAUUAAAACAAAAAAACAUAAAAAAUAUGACAACUAAAAUCUAAUAAAACAGUUAAGCAAAUAUAUUGGUAUUAGGAGAUACAAUUAUUAUAAAAGAAACGUAUUACUACAUUAUUCUUUAAGGUACUUUAUUUUUGAUGUUAAAAAAAUCAUCUUUUUAUUGAACCUGCUGAUAUCAAUUAUUUGUUGAAGUCAAGUGAAAACUGUAAAUGUUCAACAACCUUUUUUUUGAGAACGAAUCAAAAAAUUAUUGUUUUAAAAUGUUUAGUAAUUUUAUUAUAUUGUAGUGUUUACUUAGCUGUUGUGAUUGUAAAAUAUAGUUUACAAAUGAACUAAUAAAAAAAUCAGGGAACAUGGUUUAUCUAAAAACCAAUUAUAAAUCUACCAAAAAUUGUAUGCUUUAUUCUUUGUACAUAAUUCUGUGCCAGUUACUUUGUACAAACUAUAUAAUUAUUUCUGCAAUAACGCUUGUUUUAAAUUUUUAUUGAUGUAUUAUAUAAAUAAUAUUUAUUUUAUUAAUCAAUUACACCAAAGUAAUAUUUGUAAAAUUUGUUAUAGAUUUGAAUGUUUUAUUAAAGAGUAUUUGAAAUAAUUCUUACAUGGCUUAUUUUUAUUUGA